UUGUGACAAUUUACUUGAUUUGCCUAUAAAGCAAAUAUUGCAUACGAUAGUCUCGUCCCUCGCAACUGAGCUAUUUUCUGUUUGAAUAACUUCAUUUGAUAAAGCCGAGCACAGCACUGAUUUAUAAUAUAAAGAGACUAAAAUGGAAUUUUCAAUUAAAUACAGCUAAGUGUUUUAUGGUGGAAAUAUAGAAUGAUAUAUUUUAAGUCGAUACAGUGAUUACAAGGUAAUAGUGAUGAAGCAAAUUUAACAGCUGUUUAUAAAAACUUUUAAAAACGAUUUACUCACUUUAAAAUAUAAACUUUGAGAUUUAACAAGCGUCAAGAUGCAAAACCAACGAAUAUGAAAUUUGCGAAGUGAGCGUUCAGUGAAGCAGAAGGCGCAGAUUCGGAAUAUAUUUGUCCUGGUCGCUUAGAUAGACAUCAAUUUUCCGCUUGUCACCUCCGACAAUAGAUCGACACUGAAUGACCGGCGAGCUAAAAGGACACGAAUCUGUCAACCUCAAUCAGUGGUGUGAGGGGGAGAGAUAUAGUGACAUUGUCGUGUAUUAACAACCCGCAAAAUAAUUAAACCCGGAGAAAAAACGGUGUCCAGUUUUCACGGAGGACACACAUGACACAGAGCUCUUUUAAUUCUGACCUCUAAGUUGACGCUUGGAAUAUUAUAUUUCACUUGGAAAACCAUAAGGAUCAGUGAUUCGGGCAUAGGGAGGAAUCAUCAGGAAUAUUUUUCAGUUGGUAACCUAAGUUUAAGAACUGCAGCGGAGAAUUGCAGUGGAAAAUAUACACUAAUGUUGUGAAAUAUUUUUCGUGUUAUAUAAAACAAAUCAGCGUUUAUUACCGAUCAUUAAACAUACACCGAUUCGGUGCGACUGCAUUUUAUGUACGUGAUAAAAGAAGAACGCAAUAACUGUCUAACGUUAUGUCAAUAGAUCAUUGUUACGUGAAAUGGACGGUGAUCUUCAUACGGCUUCAAUGAUAUCUUAACACAAGUUUGUGAUCGUUGAAUUGUAACGAAUAUAAAACGAGAUAACUUAAGUUAGUGAUGACACAUAAAAUACGAUACAAAUUUAAUUAGUAUAGUAUCUCCAUCAAAGACAGUCAAGAUAGCUAGAUGCUGACAAAAUCACCGUGGACUUUCUUUACUAUAUGAGUGAAUUAAAGUGUUGAAAAUAUUGCAUUAUCAUACUUAUGUGCGGGAAUACUCUUUUCACCUGAGGAUUUUGAAGUUAUAUCCAUAGAUCUGUUGUUUACAAAGGAACCUUAUAGUGAAAAUGCGCUUGACUAAAAGUUGAUUCAUUCGAUAAUUCACGUAGACAGUUUUUAAAAGGAAUUCAUAAAGAUUGAAUGAAGUAUUAUUUUAUCUGUUGACAAUUCUGAUCGGUAAUAUGUCGGUGCAAUAGAUGCACGAAUCCUUAAUUAAACAACGAGUUUAUUCUCGGCACACGCUGACGUAAUCGACGGAUCUUUUCAAACGUUUUAUGACAUUUAAAUAGAUUGGAAAACAUAAAUUUGAGUAUUAGCCGAAUAGCUAUAGCAAAAUUUCCACAAAGCAGCGAAUCUCAAGUGGCUAAGAUAAGUGCUUACAGACGGGUGAGAAGUAAAAGGGAAUACGCCUCUAUUCUUUGUGCCAAUCAAUGUCAACCGUGUACUCAAGACUCGGACGAGUUUCCUGAAUUCAAUGAAAUACGUCACUUUUGAAUAGAACAUUCACGAUUCGUCUCCAAAGUGAACUUUUCACUAUAGAACUGGAUGACAAUUAUUUAUUAUAGAAGUAAAUUGCGAAAGGAAGAAAAAUUAAUAAAUCGACUUGAAAGGCAUUGUGUGAGAAGGGACCUUAGGAGAAGUGGGGAAAUUAAUUGAAAAAAGGAAAAGAAAAACUCCUCAGGGUGCAAUUAGAUCGCAGAAUCUGAGUGGCGAAAUAUUGCCACAAAAUUUUACGAGAAUACGUCGAGGAUAUUUUGACAGAGAGGAAAAGUAUUAGCUGUAAAUGAGCAGGAUUUACGUGACGAAAACAACAGAUUAUUCGUGAUAUUUGUGAUAAGAGUGAUCAAAGAAUAGUAAUAAUGGAGAGUAGAUUUCGUUAUUUGUUCACUUUAUGUUUCAUUUUGGGACUUCAUAUCCCUGUGACUAUGUUUCCAGCCGACUCGAGUAAAAGUGGUACCAGUCAAAAUAUUAGUGAAUUGAAUGAUGUACUUUUAACGGAAACUGAAAGGAACGCUAUAAACGCUCGAAAUAACUAUCAUAAAGACCCACGUGCUAUUGAAAACAUUUUAUUCCAAUCACGGACCCCAGGCCAUGUAAAACCAGCCGGCGUAAUCGGCUCAGAACGUAUUCAUCAGAAUCAAAUGAAUAAAAAUACUAAUCAAGCAAGUCUGGUAGACCUCCAUGAUUUGAAUGAAGGUAUAAAGUUAAACGGAUUAGAACGGGAUUUAAGUACAGAUCAUAUUAAAUCUGCGAAAUCUGUAAUAAAUCGUCUCCCGGAGGAUUUGCGAACCGGCAAGUUAGAACAAAUUCAACAGAGACUCGCAAACAUAUCAGCUAAUCUGUUAACAAGGAAAAAUAUUUUGCCAAGCAACAAUAGACAGCCAGUUGUCAAAGGGCGUGAAAUAAAUAAAGAUGGUAGUGAUAAAUAUAACAAUAACACCGUGAUAAAAUCGGAGCAAUCCCUAAGUACACAAAAUAACCUUCAAUGGAUAGAAAAUGAUAAAGUAACUAAUAAUAACAAAAACAGUAUGUUGGGUAUACUAUGGCCAUCUGUGUUAAUUGAUAAAUGUCCUAAAGGGUUCCAAAAAGACGAACAAGACAGCUGGAAAAGAAAAGUAGAAAAUUUUGAAAUUGUCAAGAUCGAGAAUGGAUGCGGGAGCAUGCAGAAUCGCUUGCUUACUUUUAAUGACUCUACAAAAGCCUGUGUAAGAUACAGACUUAACACAGAUCAACUUCAAGGGGAAAUAUAUUCCUACUACCUCAGUAAACUUUUAGGUAUAGGCAAUACCCCACCCACUACCCUUCAUAAGGUGGAACAUUCACGACAGUGGCGGGAAGUUGAGGAGGCCGUUAAUUCGGCCAAAUGGUCAGAAAACAAGCCCAUUAUUGUCACUAAAUGGAUUGAAUCCCUAGAGCCCGUUUACAUGCCGGAUCAAAUGAAAGACAUGAAAAGAAAGUUACACCAAGAAAAUUACCAGUUAUAUGGCAUGGCCGAUGGCAGUUUAUGUGAUUUAGUACAAUGGACGGAUUUAAUUAUAUUUGAUUAUAUAUCGGCCAAUUUAGACAGGGUGGUUAAUAACGUAUUUAAUUUAAAAUGGAACCAUAAAAUGUUAGAAAAGCCUAUACAUAAUCUUGAAAAGUCAAAGGAAACGGGUCAAUUUGUUUUUGUCGACAAUGAAUCUGGGCUGUUUCACGGUUAUAGACUCCUGGACACGUACGGAACAUAUCAUAAAAGUUUACUUGAUAAUGUCUGUAUAUUCCGGCCUUCAACCGUACAGGCAAUAGAAAAACUUUACGCUAACGGCGAUGCAGGUCAAAGGGUACAAGAAUUAUAUGAACUGAAUGAAAAAUUGCACGGACAUUUACCUAGAAUGAGUUUAAAAAAUAUGCAGAUUUUACAAUCAAGAAUUAAUGAAGUAUAUAAACAUAUGCAAUUAUGUAGACAUAUAAGUUGAAAUAAACCAUAAGUUAUACAUACAUCAUUGUCAAAAGAUUCAGUCAUUUUUUCCCUCUCAUAAACCUAAACCAGUCAUUACCUCUGUUCAGACACGUUCCAGUUGAGUGACAAUGUAUCAAAAAGAUACAAUCAGUUAAACUUAUCAAACGCAGAUAUAAUUUGCGACAACAUAAAGAGAAAGUGAAAUAAAUCGUUGCUCCAAUGAAAAAAGGAAAGAUGAAUUUUCUACUUGAACCACCUUCUUACAAUUAUAACAAUUUAUAUAAGACACACGUUGUAUCUUUGCCGAUUUAAUGAAGAAAACCACGUUGUCAUGGCAACAGAAUCGAACAUCAAAGAAGGAAUAUCUAAUCAAACGAUAUAAAAUGUUUAUCCGAGCAGAAAACACGUCAACAAAAGAGGCCCAUCUUUAAACUAGAUCACGAGUCGUUGGUGACGACCAAGGGAAGGUCAAAGAUACAUGCACAUGUUCAACGUCGGAAAUAUUUGAUUGAAACGAUAUAAGGACGUAAUAUAGAUGAACGUUUCUUCCUAGCUACUUCUGGUUGCCUUUGCAUUUCUUCUACACUUGCCUCGCUUUUACUACAACAAAAGCGUUUGCUACAGAAAGGAGAGAGUAAAAGGAAAUACAGAUCAUAUAAAUGGAUAUAUUUAUUGAUUGACAAGGAAACAUUUGUAGUGUGAAAUAGAUAUAUUAAUGUGUAGUUGAAAGUGCAAACUAUUUGCAUUUGUGACACAUUGUUUAUUAAUUUAUUCAUGUUUAGUGCACACUGUGAUCUUUAUGUCGAAGGAACCAUGUUAACAAUAUACAUCUUGUGGUUAAUUUUACAGUCUGUCAUUAUGAAUAUAUUGCCAAUAAUUAGAAUUAAGAUAUAUUCUUAAACAUUGAAACAGGAGUUCGAACGACAUUGUUUCGUUUGAUCCCUCAGUUGAAAUUAAAGAUUUAUCGUCUGCUUGUUUUGAUUUUAUUCUUAUUUUCAUCUUGUAUGGGUAAGACAACCUGAACAAUUUCAAUAUAUUGUUGUUGCGGCAAUUUUCUUGCCGUUGUUUUGCUAUUGUAAAAAACAUUUCUCAGGGAUUUGUUUAAUUUGUUUUUCUAAUAGAGAAAAUAUUCUUAACGGAACGUUGCAUUUAAAUAUUUUACAUAAAAUACGUUACAAUGUAUGGCUACAUCAAUUAUCCAUUUUUCUUUGUUUCCUUAUCUACAUUAUGUUGAAAUAUUUGCAUAAAAAUCCUUAACAAUCAUUAACGUUUCAAAAUAAUCAAUCUUUUCAUGAAAAAAAAAAGAAAACGUCCAGGUGAAAUUAACGAAUUACACGUACUUAAACAGCGUUUAAUUAUGACGUAUUGGCGUUGUAACGCUACGUUGUGACGCUACGUUAGCUCAAUGCAAGCAUUUUUUAGUUGCCUCGAUCAAAAGUAUAUUAAACGGUACACAUUUUUUAUAUAUUUCACGGUGUACGAUUUCAUUGACUGUAAUUUGUCUUGACAUUUUAUGUAAUUUUAAUUUGUCAAAAAGUAAACACAAAGAAAAACAACAUUGUUCAGAUUCCGCUUCGAUUGUUAACCAGUUAUUAAACAUGUAAACUCCACGUAUUUUUAUUGAUCACUUGAAUUGUUAGAUUGUUCUUGCAACCAAGAAAAAAUGUUAACUAGAAAAAACAUCAAAAAUUUACAUAAACAAGACGAUUUUGAAUGUUUUUAUACUUUUCUCUUUUUUUAUUAAAGUACAAUUUUCAUCGAAUAAUUUCGUGCAUUUUUCACUGAAUCAUGUCAUAACUGAUCUUAGAUUCUAUUAAAGGUGUUUGAAGGUUGGUUUGCGACUGUUGAUGUUUAUAACUACUGUAGUAACAGAUCAAUCAUUCAAUAUUCUUUAUUCUAUUCCACCAUGAACAAAAUGUCAGCUUCUCGACUUUUGUUAGACGUUUGAUACAGUAAUUUUUCAUACCUUUAAAUUUCGAAAAACUUCUUAAAUUGAUAAAUUUUAAUUUUCUUAAUUUUUCUUUUUCGCAAUGACUCAAAGUUUUUUCUUAAAUAAAAAAAACAACAAACAAAAACAACAACAACAACAGGUGUUUGUCAAGCAUUAAAUUAUUACCUCUAAUGUUCAUUAGAAAAGUUUUGCUUGUUUAUGUAUACGAAGGUGAUAACUUUUUUUGAAGGUUUCUACACUUAAGCCUGCAUCAAAAAAAGAAACGGGCCAAUUAUUUCUUCAAAUGAAAUCAUAAUUUAUUUACUCGAAUAUUCAUUUAAAAAUUUAAUUCAAACUAUAUUAAUGUAUGGUUAAGAAACUGUAUUGUACCCACAUGAACCCGGGGCUUCAUAAUUAUGAGAAUGAAAAAUAUGUCGUCUGUUCAAUUAGCGAACAAUUACUUUGCACCGAAAAGGUGUGAAAUUACGGAAAUAAGUUCAUCAUGCAACAUAAAUCAUUAUUGAUGUUUGAUUCACAAUUAUGAAUUAUUGCAAAUGAGAAGAAUUUUGUAGGCAUUUAUUUAUGAAAAUUACUUAAAAUAUGUAAAUUGUGCAAUAUGUUUGUUAUUCAAAAGUCUUAUGCUGUUUUUAUGGACGUGGUUAUGUAAAAUAAAAGUUAAUAAAUCUUUUGAAAUGUU